CGUGCCCCGGGGGAAGCCGCACCGGCCCGAGGCCCCGGGCAUCCUCCCUGCGCUCCACCGCACCAUGGCUCCAAAGCUCCUGCUCCUCCUCUGCCUGUUGUGGGGCGUGCACGCGCGGUCCAGAAAAGUGGAAGAGGAUGAAUAUGAAGAUUCAUCAUCAAACCAAAAGUGGGUCUUAGCUCCAAAAUCCCAAGACACCGAUGUGACUCUUAUUCUCAACAAGUUGCUGAGAGAAUAUGAUAAAAAGCUGAGGCCAGAUAUUGGAAUAAAACCGACCGUAAUUGACGUUGACAUCUAUGUUAACAGCAUUGGCCCUGUGUCAUCAAUAAACAUGGAAUACCAAAUUGACAUAUUUUUUGCCCAGACCUGGACAGACAGUCGCCUUCGAUUCAAUAGUACAAUGAAAAUACUUACACUGAACAGCAACAUGGUGGGAUUAAUAUGGAUUCCAGAUACAAUCUUCCGCAAUUCUAAAACUGCCGAGGCUCACUGGAUCACCACCCCGAAUCAGCUCCUCAGAAUAUGGAAUGACGGGAAAAUUCUUUAUACUUUAAGGCUCACCAUAAAUGCAGAAUGCCAGCUGCAGCUGCACAACUUCCCUAUGGAUGAGCAUUCCUGCCCACUGAUUUUCUCCAGCUAUGGCUAUCCUAAAGAAGAAAUGAUUUAUAGAUGGAGAAAAAAUUCAGUUGAGGCAGCUGAUCAGAAAUCAUGGCGGCUUUAUCAGUUUGAUUUUAUGGGCCUCAGAAACACAACAGAAAUCGUAACAACAUCUGCAGGUGAUUAUGUUGUCAUGACUAUAUAUUUUGAAUUGAGUAGAAGAAUGGGAUACUUCACUAUUCAAACAUAUAUUCCCUGUAUACUGACUGUGGUUUUAUCCUGGGUGUCAUUUUGGAUCAAAAAAGAUGCUACGCCUGCAAGAACAGCAUUAGGCAUCACCACAGUGCUGACCAUGACCACACUCAGUACCAUUGCUAGGAAUUCCUUGCCUCGUGUGUCCUAUGUGACUGCCAUGGACCUCUUUGUGACUGUUUGCUUCUUAUUUGUCUUUGCUGCUCUGAUGGAGUAUGCCACCCUCAACUACUAUUCAAGUUGUAGAAAACCAACUACCACUAAGAAGAAAACUUCGUUGUUACAUCCAGAUUCCUCAAGAUGGAUUCAUGAGCGAAUAAGCCUACAAGCCCCCUCUAACUAUUCUCUCCUUGACAUGAGACCACCACCACCUGCAAUGAUCACUUUAAACAAUUCUGUGUACUGGCAGGAAUUGGAAGAUACCUGUGUCUAUGAGUGUCUGGAUGGCAAAGACUGUCAGAGCUUCUUCUGCUGCUAUGAAGAAUGCAAAUCGGGAUCUUGGAGAAAAGGGCGUAUUCACAUAGAUAUCUUAGAACUGGACUCAUAUUCCCGGGUCUUUUUCCCUACGUCAUUCCUGCUCUUCAACUUGGUCUAUUGGGUUGGAUACUUGUAUCUCUAA